AUGGCUACCCAGUGCCUUGUCCUCCUGCUUUUCACCUGCCUACUGCCCCUGGCAGCAUCUCUUCCUGCCUUGGACAUAACAAACUUGCAUCUCCUCAAUGGCACGCUGGACGGAGUCAUGAAUGUUCCCCCCGAGUCCUCCCAGCUCGGUAACGGCAGCACACAUGUUCGACAGGUCAGAGACGUUGCCCCCCACCCACUGGUGGGCCACGGCUGGCCCAAGGACUGCAGCGAGAUCCCUGCCAGUAGCCGCAGUGGCGUCUACAUCAUCCAGCCCAAAGGACUCCACCCCAUCGUGGUGUCCUGCGAAAUGAACGUGACCAACGGGGGCUGGACGGUCAUCCAGAGGAACCAGAGAGACACAGCAGUCACCUGGGCCGAGUCCUGGAGCACCUACAAGUAUGGCUUUGGGAGUGUGCACAGCGAGUACUGGCUGGGCACUGAGUACAUCCACCAGAUCUCCCAGCAGAAGGUCUAUCAGGUCAGGUUUGUCAUCCAGGACUCCACAGGCAACAUCAAUUUCUCAGACUACAACCUCUUCAAUGUGGAAGAUGAGUCCCACGGCUACCGGCUGAGGCUGGGCGCAUACUCAGGGACAGCGGGGGAUGCCAUGACCUCAGACAACCCCACCACCAUGCACGACAACAUGAAGUUCUCCACAAAGGAUCGGGAUCAGGACACUUACAGUAAGAACUGUGCCUACAGCUAUGAGGGCGGGUGGUGGUACUCGGCGUGUUAUUCUGUACGGCUGAAUUUCAAGGGUGGCAUGACCUGGGGCAGCCUCUGCAAAGGGAACUGCAAAUCCUCCCUUAUCCUCAUCAAACCAGCCCCGUACUGUUAGUGCCCCUUCACCCUCCUGUCCACACCAGAUGCUCUGUGAAGGCUCUGCAUGACCAAAGAACCCGAGCCUUUCUGGAGCAGAAAGAGGAGCCCAGUGGUUUCAGUAAAAUGCCACUUUCCAAUUCCACUCUCUGAGUGCAGGCUCCCCGCGGCUCAGCUCUUUUCCCUUGUGCUUGCCAGUGAUUCCUUGUUAUCAUGUUCAUAAUCAAGAAUUUUAAAAUUGCUUGUGAAAUUUGUGGGUUACACAUGUACCUUCCCUGCGGGAGGAAGACACUCAGCCCUGAGGGGAGUUUUCAUCGGUUUCUCAGGUGCCUCCAGAGCUCACUUGCAGAAAGCAGAAAAGCCACAAAUUUCCAUAUUCUCUGUGCCUCUCUGCAGUGCCUGGUAAAGCAUCCCAAU